AAUGAGCCGACGUGUCUCAUGGCAAGAACGAAGUGACGAAUAGUUCGCAAUGAAGCUCGUGAAUAGGUUAUUCUGUCUAUUUUUCGUGUUUGCCGGUGCAAAUGCCGGCGGAUCGACCCUUGUCUUGUUGGACAACCUUGCAAUUAAAGAAACUCAUUCAAUAUUCUUCAAGACAUUGCAGGAUAGCGGCUAUGUAUUAACUUUCAAGUCAGCCGAUGAUGCAAACUUACAACUUUCAAAGUAUGGCGAAUAUUUGUACGAACAUCUGAUCAUAUUUGCACCCACAGUUGAAGAAUUUGGUGGUGCUCUAAGCGUGGAAGCAGUAACUGAAUUUAUAGAUGGUGGUGGAAAUGUUUUAAUAGCUGGUUCCUCACAUUCUGGCGAUGCUUUGCACGAAUUGGCCUCGGAAUGUGGCUUGGAAAUUGACGAAGAAGGCUCAACUGUAAUUGAUCAUAUGAAUUAUGAUGUUUCCGAUAGUGGUCAACAUACCACUAUAGUAGCAGAUCCGACAAAUUUGAUAGACGCCUCAGUUAUUGUUGGAAACAAAGCCAUCCCUCCAUUGCUCUAUCGAGGAACUGGAUUGAUUGCAGACACAGAUAAUCCAUUAAUUUUACGUUUAUUAUCAGCGUCUACCUCGGCGUAUACUUAUAAUCCAGACCAACCAGUCAAGGAGUAUCCACAUGGUGUUGGCAAAAACACUUUGCUGAUAGCAGCUCUGCAGGCCAGGAAUAAUGCCAGAGUUCUGUUCUCAGGUUCCUUAUUUUUCUUCAGUGAUGAAGCAUUUACCAGUCCUAUUCAAAAAGGACAAGGUGGUCAGAGAUACGAGAAAUCCGGUAAUCAGAUAGUGGCCAAGGCCAUGGCACAGUGGGUAUUCAAGGAGAACGGCGUCAUACGUGUGUCUUCCGUUCACCAUCAUCGAGUCGGCGAGUCACAACCACCAGCAGCGUACACAAUCAUGGACGACGUGGUUUACUCGAUCGACGUCGAGCGUCUGGCGAACGGCAAAUGGGUGCCUUACGAGACAAAUGAUCUGCAGCUGGAAUUUGUGCGCAUCGACCCGUUUGUACGCAUGACUAUGAAGCCAGUAGGAAACGGUCGUUAUGAAGGCAGAUUUAAGAUACCCGACGUGUACGGCGUGUAUCAAUUCAAAGUAGACUACACGCGUAUCGGACUCACGCAUCUUUAUAGCACCACACAGGUUUCAGUACGUCCACUGCAGCACACGCAGUACGAACGUUUCAUACCGAGUGCGUUUCCGUAUUAUAUAAGCGCGUUCUCUAUGAUGGGCGGUGUGUUUCUGUUCUCACUCGUAUUUUUGCAUUAUAAAGAAGACACAAAGACAAAGUCUGAGUAACUUAACAUCUUAAUAUUUGCAAAUGUUAUCAUUGUUUAUAUUCUUUUUUUAUUUGAUCAUUUUUCUUUGAACUUAUAUAAUAGAAACCUUAAUUUUUAAUAGACUUUGAAACAAUUUUUUUGUAUUAAUAGCAUUUUCUAAUACAAUUUAAUGUAUAACAAUCUCAUGUAUCACAAGAAUCAUAUUCUUAUAUAAAUGUCAAGACUUUAAGAUAUUUCUUGAAAAAUAGUAAAUUGAGAAAUUUUCACGCGGUUUGCUCCAACAUUUCUUUAAGAAAUAGAACAUUGUUUAUGUAUAUAUAAAUUACUAUAAUAGAUACUUUUAUGUAAUGCUAAGAGAUCACUGUGAAAACCGAAUAAAUGUUAAAAAUGAUUUGCAAUUAA